CAGUGCACGCGACGCACGAAACUCGAAACGCAGAGAGUUACGAUGCUGAUACCGAUUUUCCUGUGUGUGGCAGUUGCGAUGAGCCAAGCCGCCCCAACGACCUACGACCAACGCCAAGAGGGAGACGUCAACGUCAAGGUCGACCUGGACAAUUUCGUGAUCCUCAUAGCCCGGCAGGUUCCCACGCUCGACGUCUUCGGGACGAUGAGCCAGCUGCUGCUCGCCGAUUCCAAGCACUCGCAGGUCGACUCCGAGAGCAAAACCGUCCCUGAGGACGAGGUGGCGACCAAACCCGUGGAGGAGGGUAACACCGAGCAGGAAACUAGGACGAUCGGCCCCGUUGCCGGGGAGGGGGAGAAAUUGCUUGCUCGAGGGAUCGAGGAGGCCGCGAGGAAGGUAAAGACGCCGGGGAAGUACAAGCUCGUCGAGGCCGUCGAGGAGCCUCAGAGCCUCAAACUCGUCGGCGACGCCGUGGAGAAUUGCGGGCCCGGUAGGAGCCGCGAUCGGUCGGGCCUCUGCGAGGAGGACAUCGGCAAUUAGUUGGGACUCUUCAUUCUUCCUUUCUCUCUCUCGUACUUUAAUUUUACCGCUCAACUGUGGUGUUGAAUAUACACUCUUCGCUUUAUUGAUGCCAUUCCGAUUUUACGAAUAUCCCUUAGAUCGGUAAGAAUGAUAUUGUUUUACAUACAAUAUUCAAUGCUCCAUACGACUCUUUCUUUUUUUUUUUUUUGGUCUGAAGUGCGUGGUGAUAUUUGUUAUUUAAGAACGCACAUAAGUAUAUGUGAAAAAUCUUUUCAUGCAAUAAUAAUAUUAGUUUUAGUAAUUUAUUCGUUUAUGAUGCGAUGCCUUACUGUUGUGCAAAUAUCUUAUGAUUCAAUCGAAACGGUAAAAAAAAAAAUAAAUAAACAAAAUUUUCAAACAGAGGAUCAUACUGUACUGCGAAUGAAUCGAUGUACUGAUCAUUUUUGUUGCUCGCCGAUACAUGUGUAAUGACGCAGAGUAAUAUGAACGCGCACAAAGAGAUACAGAUGAGAAGAAUCUUGUUGUAAGA